CACCACCAGUGCAUUGCCUCCACUAAGCUCUGGCCAGCUCUGGCCGUUAUAUCCGGUCCACCGACAAAACCAAGGCAACUAAUAUAUACCCUUUUGGUGCGAUCCAAAACAACCCACUCGGCCAUCUCCGCUCUACCCAUCCAAAUUCAAAAAGAAACAUCCAUCUGGGUUCCCUCACUGCCUUUGCCUUCGGAAGAGAUGGAUCGGAUAUCUAUUAACCAUUGAUAUUGAUCACCGACGAAAGAAGCUGUUGAUGCAUCUGUUACUACUAGGCGUGAGAUUGAACGUAGAUGUCAGAAGACGUGGCGAGGGAUUCAGUGGACUUGUUCGUCAGUACUAGCCCGAAGGAUGUCAGGGGAGGCUGGGAUACAACGAUGGGAAUUGCCAGGACCUUGAACUGCUGCAACAUUCAUCCAUCCAAUGACGCCUUUCGACCCUUCUUCCCUGUAACAGUGGUCUACUCCCACCACUAUCGACACGUCCGUCUUCUGUCGUUGCGCAAAAUACACCGUCAGUGGAAUGCCAAACCCACCGUGUAUGAAUAUUCUAAAUGUGCCUACCAACCGCCACCCAUUAACCGUCAAAUGUUAAACCAGCCAAAAGAAAAACAUACAUUCUUUCGAGUAGUCUUACUAUGAUUGUAAGUUAGCAAGGUUUGCGAGGUCCAUAUCAUUAUAAAGAACAAGUCGUUUCAAAUCCAAUGAUAAUCGAUGACGAAGAAAAAGGGGUUAUUCGGCUUGCUUCUCUCUGAUACAAGACGUUUCCUAGGAGGUCCUUUCUGCAUCGCCCAAUACUCUACGCCAUCGACGACCACUAAUCGUCGUUGACCUUACAAAGCUACGAAUGUUAUCACGGACACUGUUCAUGGCUGAAUUAACGGACAGAUCCGUGUCAAAAGAAAUACAAUAUUUCAAAGAAGCGUUUGAAAAGGAUUACUGUACCCCAAGUCCCGGUAUCCUUCUACGUGCCAUGGAUAGAUACCAUACACACACGUCCUACUAUAAUCGCUCGUUCCCCGUUGUCCAAUCGUCGGGGAUGGGCAAGUCGCGCCUGAUGGAUCACUCUGCCACACUUCGGUUCACGAUUCCUUUCAACAUCCAUGAAAAGCUGGAGUCCGGUGCAACUUAUCCUCCGUUUGAUCACCAAGUCCGCGAGUUUCUCACAAAAGAAUUUAAGCACGAAGUGGAUGCCAUAACACGACCGCUUGUCUUCUUGCAAGCCCUUUUUAACGAAACGGUCGCCGAACUUCAAUCCCAAAAAACAAAAAUCACAAAGGGAACGCCACAAGAGAUUGCUAGCAAAUGGUACGAGUGGAUGAAGGUCGGGUCGACUGUAGAUAACGUCGGUACAAAUAGAACCAUGCUCUAUGACCGAGUGGUAGAAAAAGCCAGAGAGCUGGAACGAGAACCCGUGGAUCACCAGAAGCUUCUUGAACAUCGUGCAAAAGCGUUGCGCACCGCAGCUCAAUCACUCGUUGAUUGUUUAAAGAAGCUCUACAAGACGGAAGUCGAAUUUUGUGCAAUUGUCUACUUUGAUGAAGCCCACACCUUGUCUUUACCGUCGAACAAAUCACAUCGACGAACCCCUUACUAUGCUUUGAUGCGCGUCUUGAACAUGAUUAACGACAUGCAGAUCUUCUUCGUUUUCUUGUCCACCAACUCGAGUUUGCUAACCUUCGCACCACUGGCAAGCAAAGCGGUGUACCCGGCGCCGAUACGAGUUCAAAACAACACCGAACUUAUCCCCCCUUUUUUCGAGCUACGAUUUGAUACUUUUUGUCGAAAGUUUACAUCAGAUGCAAAGGAAGUCGGCAAAUUGACCCUGGAAGGAGUUUGCGACCUGGGACAGAUGACUAAAUUUGGUCGCCCCAUGUGGCACUCCUAUUAUCAAAGCCUCCCGGAAGACGAAAAGCACAAAAUGAUUGAUCUAGCAGUGCUGAAGUUGCGAGGUAAUGAUCAUAACAAUGCAGACCUGGCGGCACUUGAUUCCCGCGUUCUCAUUCCCUUUGAUCCCUACCAGCUGGUCUCACGUACAACAGAGGUUGAACUCGUGAGGUCGCAUAUGCGAUGCAUCUAUAACAUACCUGCAGACCGACAAUUCGUACGUUCUGCAUAUCUCUCCGAGCCGGUGCUCUCGGAAGCAGCAGCGGUUAUCCUCAAUUCGCCCCGGUCCAAUGUCGAUCCGGGCCGGUCCAUUGUCGAUGAGGCCCCGCGUAUACUUGCGAAUGCUUUGGAAACUGGGUUGCUCGCGCAGGAGGAACGUAGGCAACUCAUUGCCCGAACUCUUCUGACCGUAGCACACGACGGGGCUGCCAAGCUCGAUUCAAGCUCGACAUUUGAGCUGCGGUACCAUCGGCCAAUCCGACUAGUACACUUUUUGGAGAAGCUUCUCUCACCCGAAGUCUGGAAAUUAGUCCGCCAAGCCACUCCGGUUCACGUAUACAGGGAUGAUCCCGAACUCGAAGUCGCCUUUGCCAAUACCUGGGUCAACUUUUCCCAUUUCACCCGUCUCGGCGACCGCAAAUCAUACAAUCUGGAAUUUGCAAGUGAACUACUCAAGCGAGGGGCAGCCAUGCAAACCUACAACAAGCAAGACCAGGACGUUGGAAUACCGCUCCACAAUGGGGAUUUAACCUCGAUGAUUUCUGUGGAAAGAACAAGCAUUGCUCAGUUUCAAGUGCUGAAUUUCCCACGACGCAUAACUGUAUCUCCAAACCCGAGUUUGAUUGGAGAGUGUCACGACGAUUUGCCGAUCCUGUCUGUUUCCAUGCAGCUUGGGGUGGAGAAGUCCGGAGUCGAGAUUAUGACAACGCAGAUAGAUGGUGACGCUCCUGCUGGCCAUACUGUUACACGCUCUGUUCUGGCUGACAUUGAACGACGCCAUUAUUCUAUCGUGCUCUAUGGUUGUACGGCGGCCACGUACUCCUGCAUUGGUGAUAACGCGGCAAGAUAUGCGAGUCUCCUUCGAAUACCAACACCGUUCCAGAACUACCUCAGAAAAACGGACCCAGAGCUUCUCGAUACAGUUCACACAUUGUCGCACCAGGUGGUGGACACGGUUUGGAAGAAUUGAUGAGCUAUCCUUGCAGUUGCUUUGAACGAGGACUUGCCUCGUGCUGAAGAGAAGGACUGAUGCAGCAAAGCGGGGUUCCGUUGGCUGAAGCUUUCGGAUAUGGGGAUCCGAUGGUUUGGGUCAAGAUGGACAAGGAGGAAAAGGAUUUGGCGUUCCUCUCAGCCUCAGGUGCUUCCGGCAGGGGUGGAAGGUUUGGGGGGAAGGAAUUUGAAUUUCUCUUAUAACGUUUUCUAUUUUUGAUUCUCCCACCAUUAUUCCCCACCCCUCGAACAAUUGUCAAAGACCUUGCGCCGCGUCAUUCGCAUGUACGAAAAAUUCAAAAAAAGUUGCCUGUAAAUUAUUUUAUUUAAUACGCUCUACGUCUCAAUUCACAUUUUUUACUGCUGGAACUGUUUCAGAAUAACGAGCCCGACGACGCUUCAGCUCGGUGGAAAGGUACUGAGAACUCAUCCUGAUGAUUUCAUAGAGGAUGGCGGCAAGGAAAGCUAUUUAUACGAGGCACUCUUCCGGAG